AUGGCAGAAACACAAUUUGAAGAACGACCGCAGGAAUUCCAUUCGAAAUACUUUGUCGACUCGCGCACCCCCUUCUCCGCAGAAACUUUAAAACCUUCAAAGCUACACGACGUAAAACUACAGAGCUUUUCAGAAAAACAGAAAUCACUUUCUCUAAACAAAUUCAUCAAACCCGUUCUCCAGACACCGGAAGAUAAAAUGGAAAAGGUUGAAGAUAACACUACAAUACCAGACGUCGAGAGUUUACUCCUCGAUCCAUUGGCUGAUGAGAACAUAGUUGCCAAUCACAGGAAAUUGACGGAAGAAGAAAAGACAACAAAACUUCGAAAGAUUUUCUCUUUUUCUUGCAGUAAUGGCAAUUUGGAAAAAGUGGUUAACGUGCUGAAUAAUGUGAGGAGUUAUAUCGAUAUAGAUGCGCAGGAUGAGGAUGGGAUCACACCUUUGAUAUACGCUGCUUGCUUUGGUCAUGAGAAGAUUGCUGGCACGCUUUUGGAGGGCGGUGCUAAAGUAGACGUUACGGAUAAAAACGGCUGGACCCCUUUAAUGUGGGCGACCAACAACAACCACUCAGCCGUAGUAACUCUUCUACUGGAUUAUGGUGCUGAUGCAGGAAUGAAAUCGACCAAAGGCCACACUGUCUUUGACUUUGUCCCACCAGACAACCACAAGAUAGCGGAAAUUUUUAUCCACAACCCGCAGCGCGACAAGGAGGAUGGAGAGGUGCAAGAGUUUGUUUGGGACAAUUGUUUGCCGGAUCAAAUGUUUGUUUUCUCGGAUGAAGACAUAGCGCAUAUUCUCAACACGGUCGUUUUUAAUAUUCAACCGAGCAGAUCAAAGAAGCAGAAAUCAGUGCCGGCAAACGUGAUUUUCCUUAGUGCAAGAUUUGCCCAUUAUUUCAGCAGUCAGGAGAUUUUGGAGACUUUAUUAGAUGAUGCUGUCGAUGCUAUUGAGACAGUUGUCAAAGGACGACCCGAUGACAUGAGUCUCCAAUCUUUCUGGAUUUCAAAUUGCACUCUCCUUCUCUACUAUCUCAAGAAAGAUAAAGGUCUUGCUAUCGCUAGCUACAAUAACCAAGGUCGCAUCGCCAACCUCUUGCAAGAAAUUUACUUUUUACUAAUCCGUGAUGCUGAACGUCGAUUGGAAAGAAUACUCGAAGCAGCCAUGAUCGAAUUUGAAACCAUUCCUCUAGGAGACGUCCGAUUCGAGGGUGAGUGGAGAAUCCUCAGAAGCCUGACUAGAAGAUCGGUGGCUCCGACGACUUCUGACUACUCGACAAAGCUAAAGAGGACAAGUUCGACAAGCAGAAUAUCAUCACUUCGAUCUUCCACCGCGUCAUCGCGACGAGCGGCUCCUCCCUCACCAACGAACAUUACGGCUUUGCUAUCAGCCACGAUGCUCAUUCUGCAAGCUUACGACAUUCAUCCGACUAUUAUUGAACAAGUGUUUUCGCAACUAUAUUAUUUUAUUACUUGUGAAAUAUUCAACAAGAUUCUUGCAAAGAAGAAGUACAUAUGUCGCUCACGAGCAAUGCAAGUUCGAUUAAAUAUUUCGGUUCUGGAAGACUGGGUCCGAACGAAUAAUCUCCCAGCUAGUACCACAUCCCACUUCCAACCACUAAUACAGUUGCUACAACUUCUUCAAUGCUGGUCGCAGAUGACAGACUUUACCGUGAUGGUUUCAACGACAAAUGAACUCAAGCUGAUCAAUCCGGCUCAGCUGAAACGAGUGCUAAAGAAUUACAGAUACGAAGUCAAGGAACCGAGAUUGCCAGAGGAGUGCCAACAAUACAUACUCCAAUUAGAAGAAGAUACCGAACGACGACGAAAACGGUAUUCGAUGGACAGUAUGAGAAGCAAUCGCAGCGAUUCUAGCAGCAUCAUACAUUUAUCGACCACGACUCCAGCAUCAGCUAAUGGCGCAGCUACUACUUGGGACGAAGAUGAGGAAUUUGGCGAACAGAAAGAUAGCGAAGCUUUAUUAACGCUCGCACUGCCCACCAGUGCAGAAAUGCUUUCCAAUUUCGGAGGAAAAGAAAAAGAGAAUGAAUUUAUACCAGUCAUAACAGAUGAGUGGAUGGAAAAAUUAGAUAUUGGAAUGAGAACUGGGACGGGAAGUAUCGUAGAGCAGUUGACUUCACAAUGGGAGGCAGAGUAUACGAUUUAA